GGCUGCGGGGAGAGCUCCGCCCACCGCCUCCACGGAAAAAUGUGCAAGAAGAUCGCGCAGCUCACCAAGGUGAUCUAUGCCCUAAAUAUGAAAAACGAUGAACAGGAGGCAAGUCUCGAGGCCCUGAAGGAAGCCUACGAGAAGGAGAUAGAGGAUCUGAUGGCAGAGACCAAGGAGAAGCUCCUCCAUUUCCAAAGCAGAGCCGGAGAGGAGCCAAACACGGAGCAGCAGAAGCAGCAAACCAAGCAUCCUGAGGCCGACUCGGCCUCGGGGGAGAAGCCGGGCGAGGGGCAGGACCCCAGGAUGGAAGCGGGCGGCGUCGAAGAGCCCCCUUCCCUUUGCAAGCGGGGGCCGGACUUCAAAGGGGACUUGGAAAAGAAGAGUCAGCCAUCGAACCAAGGGGCCGAGGCCUUUGCAAGUGACCGUGAAGGGUUUCAGAGCGAGAACCGAGAGACAGCGGGCGAGGGAGCGACAGACCUCAGGGAGGAGAUGCAGAACGCGCUUGGGGAAAUGGAAAAGCUAAGAACCGAGAACCGAAAACUGAUCGCCGACUCGGCCCAGAAAACCAGGGACCUCCAGGCCUGCUACGAGAAAGAGAACGAGGCUCUCAGAAAGGCCACGCAGCAGUACCUGAAGCAGUGGCAGCAGAAAGAAGCCGAGCUAAGAAAAAGCUUCCGGGUCCAGGAGGCUUCUCUCCAGACCCGAGUGACCAAGCUAGAGACAGACUUGGAGACGAAAGGCCAGAAGACCACUGAAUUGAAGAAAUAUUCCCUGAAGCUGAAAGAACGCAUUCAGGACCUGGAGGCGCAGCUCACGGAGGCGGGACGAGAGAGUUUGGAGUCGAAAAACACCGUCAAAAAGCUGAGGGAAGAGCUGGCCGUGCUAAAAGAGAGAACCUCGAUGCGGGAAUGGCAAAUGCUGAGUAAAGCAGAUGAAGUGAAAACUGCACCGGGUUCCCCCAACGUGAAGGACGACGAAGCAGAAGUAUCAAAAUUCCGUGGCCCGCGGUUCCAGCCGGAACAGCUCGCCCCUGGAAGGGCACCGGGCCCGGCAGGAAGUGAACAUGCUCAGAUGCUCAGAAAGACCAGGGAAGUUGCAACUGUUGAAAAAGGAAGCAUGAAACAACGCUAUGAGGAAGAACUUCGGGGAAUCAAACGUCAGACGGAUGAGGAAAAACUCCAUUUCAAGGAGCAGUUCGUGAAGGGCUUGGAGGACCUCGUGAAGGAACACGCCACAGAAAUCAACUCCUUUCAGUCCUCCAUGGAAGCCGAAAGAAAAAAGCUUCGAAAGGAGGUCCAAGAGCAGCUGGAAGAACUGAGGAGAAAAUCAGAGACUGAAAUAAAGCAGCUGGAAGAAGAGAAAGCCAGUCUGAACGAGAAGCUACAGGAGUCUUUGCUUGAGGUUUUACGCCUUCAAGAUUUCAUCCGACAGAGCAGGGAUGGCUCUGAACACGUGGAAUCGCUCCAGCCGCCUUGCAGAACAGCACCCGAGAGGUCGCAGGAACUAGACCAGGAGCCCAGCAGAAUUGCUGAGAUCCAGCAGCAAUGCUUGCAACAGAAAAAACUUUCCAAGAUCCCAACUGAAAGAGGAAAAUCCCAAGAACAAUUACCAGCCAAAGUAAUCAUUGGCAAUGAAGAAAAUGAAAGGUCGGGUUCCCCUGGCACAGUGAAGACUGUCCAAUCCCCUCUUCCCACUGCUUUCCCGAAAGAGCUGUCAGAAAUCCAGUCUUUACAAGAAGGGUGGCAGAGUGAAAAGGCAGACUUACAAGCCCAGAUCUCCCAGAUGAAGCAGAUGUUAGACCAACGCACCAGUCGCUACCAGGAAGAACUGCAAGAGUUGAAACUACUGUCCGUCCAAGAAAAGGAGAAGUUCCUGCAGGAACUUCAAGACAGAACUGAGCAGAGCCAGAAUGUUAAAGCCCAGCUCGAAGCAUCACACCGUAGAGCCCUAAAAGUUCUGGAAAAAAACAAAAUUCAGGAACUUCAGGAGGUAGAGGAGCGCUUGAAGGAGGAAUAUAAUCAGAGCAUCGAGAUCCAGCAUCGCUCUCACCAAAUGGAGAUGAAAGCCUUGGAAGACAAGGCAAGCAGAGACCUAGAGGAGGAGCGUGAGAGGAGUCAGAAGCAGCAGGAGCUGUUGCUAGAUUCCAUGAAGUUGGAACUCUCAGAGCAACGUGGGGCCUGCACCAGGCACCAGAAGCAACUGGAGGAAGUUCAACUGGAACUGGCCAAGUCGAGAGGCCUGAAAAGAGAGCAGGAAGGAAGCAACCAGAAUCAGAUCGGCUCCCUUACUGGUGAACUGGAGAAGUGCCAGAGUGACAUUUCUGGGCUGAAGAAAGAAAACUCGCUUCUUAAAGAUGCCCUGCAGCUGCUCAGGACUGAAGCAGAGUCGCAGAAACAAGAGGCUGAACGGCUUCAGGACAGGCAGAGGCAGCACAGAAGGUUACUUGACGAAGACCUUCAAGUCAAGCAUCAAAAAGAACUGGAGACCAUGAAACAAGAUCAUAAGAAAGAAAUUCAAACCAUGGUGUCUGAUUUCAGCAGUGUUCAAGCUCACCUCCAAGCAAAGAUAGUCUCCCUAGAAACAGAACUUAAAGACUCAGAAGAGAAACCGAGGAAACGAGAGUCCCGAGCCGAGGAUCUGCAUCUCAUAGGGCGCUUGCAGGACAGAUUAAGUGAGAGAGAAGAGGUUAUCAGACAGCUGACGGAAGAAAGAAGACUUCACUGUGCCGCACUGCAAAAUCCAAUUUAUCAUAGGAACAGAUCCUUUUCUUUCAACCCUCAUCCUGGCUGUUUGACCCCUUCCCUAAAGAAAAAGAAAUUGGAAGAACUACCUAGCCGGGUGGUCAGCGUCCCGAACUUAGCCUCCUACGCGAAGAACUUUCUGAACAGCGAGUUAAGCCCCAAGAGAAGUGCUGCCCCGAUAACCAAGUCUCCGAGCUUAGAGCCGAGUUCCGGCCCCGCCAGGUCUUGCCACCAACCAGUCCAGCCUCCUGAUGUCAAACCCGCCCAAAGGACCCAAGGCAAUGAAUCACCCAAAGCCAAAGAAGUUCAGAAACAAGCCCCUCCACCCCCAGAAUGGUUUACUAAAUACUUUUCUUUCUAGGCUGACCGUUUGGGGCAUCCUCCACCGAUAAGCACUCACUCUUUCAGUGGACAUAAUACUAGCUGAUUUGCAAAUCACACCAUUAAGUAUUUCUUGUAAAACUGAGACUUCAUGUAAAGAUUUCCUUUAAAGAUCUCUUAGAUCAUCUACUAUUCUUUUUCUCAUUUCCAAGUGCUACAACGUGAUCGUUUGCGAGAGCUAAAGGAAAAUGUUCUUAUUGGAUUCUGAUGCAGUGUUAGUGAUCUGCAGAGAUUUUGGUUUUUCCAAAAUGCCAAGCUUCGUGAAUUGUGCGGUCCGCUUUAAAAUUUGAGUACGUGGUGUUUGCAGUUAACCGGGGAAAGCAAUAAUUUGGCUCUUGGAAGAUGGAGUUGGAAAUUUUAUGUAAAACGCUACAGGAAAAAAAGAGAAAGAAAAGAUGUUUCAAAGUAGAGAGGGUUGUAACCGAAAUGGUGCCAAGGUACAAUACUGCUUUAUCUGUUCUUCACUGGUGCAUUAAUAUCAUCGAGCAUCCGUUUCGCUGUACGUGAGGAUUCCAGUGUCUUUAAAGCGGGUGGGAAAGGUGCUCACGACCACUAGAGGAAAUACCCAACGAUUCAGUUAGGCCCUGCUUAAAAACUAGAGGUGCCAUUUUGCUUGACAUGUUUUGCUUUCCAUGGCCACCACAGGGCUUGAAGACUUCGACAGGACUCGAUGACCAUUUCGAGAAUAUAAAUUACCUUCAGAUUUCCUUGGUGCUAGUUCAAAAAUGAGCUCUUUGUAACAGUAACUACAGUAAUUAAGAUACUUACUGUGUGCACUGCCAACUUGCUGAGUUACUUUUUAUCCCACUGGAACAUUUUUAAAUCCUUGCUCUUUGAAUCAAGCAUUAAAACAAAUUAUCAUUCAA